UAAAUAAUUACAUCAUAGAAUUGUGAUUACAAGUGUUUAAUUUAAAAAACAGACAAAUGGAUUUUAUUCCUUCAGAGCACCAACACAUGAGAUUUAAUCCUCUGUUGGAAGAAUGGAUGUUAGUUUCUCCUCAUCGCAUCAAACGACCUUGGAAAGGGCAGGUAGAGGAUUCCGUGGAAAGGCACAUUCCACCUUUCGAUGCUAAUAAUCCUCUUUGUCCGGGUGCCACUAGAGAAAAUGGCGAGAGUAAUCCCGAUUAUACGAGUACAUUUCUCUUCGACAACGAUUAUCCUGCACUAGUGGAAGAUGUUCCUAAUCCUCAGGAGAAUGAGCAUCCGCUAUUUCGAAUGGAGUCUGCGAGAGGAAAGUGCAAAGUCAUGUGUUUCCAUCCUCAUUCUGACGUGACUCUACCAUUGAUGACGGUAGACGAGAUAUCCAAAGUAAUUGAGGAUUGGGUACAACAGAGUGUAGAAUUGGGGAGACAAUACAAAUGGGUACAGAUAUUUGAGAACAAAGGAGAAAUACAAGGUUGCUCCAAUCCUCAUCCACACUGUCAGAUAUGGGCAAGUUCGUUUCUUCCCAACAUUCCUUCAAAAGAAGACAAAACACAGAAGAAUUAUUACAUAAAACAUGGCACGCAGAUGCUUCUGGAAUAUCUUCACGAAGAAUCAAAGCGUAAAGAAAGAAUCAUUCUGGAGAAUAAACAUUGGGUGGUGUUGGUGCCAUUUUGGGCAGUUUGGCCUUACGAAACGCUUCUUUUACCAAAGAGGCACGUAACAAAAUUGGCUGAUCUGAACAACGAAGAAAAAUAUUCUCUUGCUGAAAUAAUGAAGCGGCAUUUGACCAAAUACGAUAAUCUGUUUAAGACGUCAUUUCCCUAUUCCAUGGGAUGGCAUGGUGCUCCUACUGGUAACGAUCAUAUGCGUGCCAAUUAUUGGCAGUUACACGCUCACUACUUCCCUCCCCUACUUCGUUCCGCUAGUGUAAAGAAAUUUACUGUUGCAUACGAGAUGCUGUGUCAGUCUCAAAGAGAUUUAACACCCGAACAGGCUGCCCACAGAUUGAGAAGUUUAUCAGAAGUACACUAUAAAUGUAGCUGAUUUUAAUGAGUAAUUUUAUAUAUUUAUACGAAACUAUCUUUUGCAUGUAAUAAAAUGUACUGUACAUUCUAUAAUUAACACUAUUUUACAUUAAUAUGUUUAUAUUACAUAACAUUAUUACACAUCAUUGCCUGUAUUUUAAUAUUAAAACUGUGAAGGCACCAGCGUAAUGUAGAAUACGAGGCUAUCUAAUUAUUUCCAUGAUUGGCUGCCGUGACUUAUACUGCCCAUGAAAUAUUGUGCAAUUUGGACAGGAUUGAAACAUGGAUUUUCUACAGUGAUGUGCUAACACGUGGUUCUGAAAGCACAAUUGGAGACGUGUAAAAUAAUGGAAAAAAAUUAUAGAAAUUAAAUUAUUAUUGGAAUACAGU